AGUAUCAGUAUCUCUAAAUUGUAGUAAGUUGUUUGUCCUUGUUGGCUUAAAAUUAUUUCCAAAAUUAAUUCCGUUUACUUUUAUUGGCAGCAACGUUUUGAUCCAUUUCUACUAAAACACCAUUCUGAAUGUCGCUGCUGCAGGAAAUACGUGAAAUGAAUGAGCGUCGCAUAGAACUGAAUAUUCGGUAUUGUAGCGCAGCAAUCAACAAUGAGCGUCGCCGCAUGGCACUGAUUCUACGGUAUUAUAGAGCCUUUCGCCAGGCAGCGCAGGCUGCAAUAAUCGGCGAUGGCCUGCAUGUGCGUGUGGGCCCAGGACCGAAUCUGCCACCUCAGGAAUAUCGCUUUAUCACAGAGACCUUGAACUUUGAGCUGGAGGGGCCCCGUGCACACCGCUACUCAGGCGGCGGCGAUGCCGAAGAGUGGAUAGGGGACGACAUCGAAAGCCAGCAGUUGGAACAGAAUGAGAAUGAGUCGGAACACUUCGAAGAACACGACGGUCCACUCAACUUGGCACUGUUCUCGCUGGGCAGGCAUUGGAGUGAGGCCCAGCCGCACUUCAGUCGCCAACAGCAUGUGCCCCGACGAACGUUACUGUCGCCGCGACUCACCCUCGAGACUAACUUGAACUGCAGCUAUGCUAAGAAGAUCUUCAAGACAUUCGUCAAGAUGGCAUUUCACACCGCCCUACGUUUGGCCUACUCUGAGCUCUCCUUCAUGCACUAAGAAUGGGAUUCUGCUGUUGUCUUUCAGCGAAUCCAAUAAAGGGACGAUCGCAGCUUUAUAGUCGAA